AUGUUCCAGAGUCCAUCUAGCCACUUCUUUCGGGAUACCCUCAAGACAAAUAAGGCUAUGUUCGAGAUUAUCUGUCAAAACAUCACAGCUAAGUUUGACGGGGUACGAUUUCAGGUCUUCUUCGUGGCCGCUAUGGCGUUCUAUAGCGUCAUCAAUAAAUUCAACACGGACGCGAUGGUUCACGUCGGCUCCGUGUUCAAGCAGAAGAGAGACAACGUUAUUGUGGCCAAGGUAGGCAGCCCAAUGGAGAGUAGUGACCUGGUCGCUAAGGUCCAGGGGAUACCAUGUGUUCAAGAAUAA